CAUAACUGAAGCCCUAUUGUUCCAUUCGCCAGUUCGUUGUCUUCCCCACUGUCACUUCACUUCACCAUAUGAGCACUCAGUUCAUGCAGGAAACCGUUCUUAACAAUGGCAGUGCCCAUCCAGAACGUUCUCCCUACUGGGUUCAUUCACUCCAUGCAUUCUGAGGAAAUCGUUGAUGACCAAUUCUAUCAGCUGGAUGCCAUCAAGGACCCCGUUAGGCCUGUUUAUAUUGUUGGAGCAGAGGCUGCAUCAUUAGUCUCAGUGCAGGAACUCUUGCUGAAACAGGACAAAGAGAUUUCUUGACAUUUGUCAUUAACAGUGACAUGAGUGUUGUAGGUGUUAUCAUCGAAACACCAUGCUAAACUCGUGUUGCCUGACACAUCAUUUUUGUUUGCAACACAUUUCGCUUGUUAAGUUGUCAUUUGAAGGGGGUACAUCUCAUGCAAAGUUCUUUUCUUCUCAUCUUAGAUUAAAAGAUUCCUUCAAGUUUUGGUUCUGUUUAUCUAAUAGUAUUCAUUAAGAUUGAAAUGGCUUUGUCUAUUGUCAGGGGACUGCUGCAACAAUAUGUGCAGUCAUUGUUCAAUGAGGGGAUCAUAAAUGAUCAGUUUUUUCAUAUUCAGCAUUUGAAAAUGGUUGGAAGAGCUGAUCAUUUUGUGCAGUUGAUCAAUACGUACUGCCUCGAUGUGGAAACCAUUUUAUCACAACUUGAAAGCUACAUUGAUCUCCCUAAUGUUGAUUUUUCUAACUUGGCUGCUCUGGCUACAGAAGUAGGGGAGAGAAGCUCCUGUAUUGGUGCUGAGCAUGUGAGACUCGCAUGCUUGGAUCUUACGCGGGCUUGUGAUCAGAUGCAAAAGCAGAACAUCCGUCAGGCCUUGAGUUGGACAAAGAAUGAAUUCGCUCGUACCCGUAACAAGUUGCAGGUCCUUGUCCAGUGGUUGUUAAAUCUUUCUGCCUUGGCUGCAUCAAAUGCAGAUGGAGCGGAGGAUUAUGAGGCUCGAAGCAAAACAGCAAAAAUAGAAUGCUAUCAAGUAGUAUUCCUGAAUGUGUCACGAAUCCUAGUGAUUUCCUUGGGAAAGUGGUACUAUUUACUAAACUACAACAAACAAUCUAAUAGUAACAAUUUUAUAUUUCUCAUUUAAAAUAGUAAUCAGUUUACAAUUCUAGCACCUGCUGGUUCAUGUAUUUGGUCUGCUGUUUAUACUUAAAACACUACUAAGGAGCAAAUGCUUCAAUCAAUUGCUUGUCCUGAAAGAGCAAAUGUGUAUAUUUUUCUAAACAUGGAUAUAUUUUC